AUUCUCCUCACUUCUAUACCCUUCAAGAAGAAAAACACUCAUUUCGAUACUAACUUCAAAAAUGGCCGAUGUAAAUCUCACCACCACAUCUCCACCGGAACUCCCGGCGGAGCCACCCACUUCCUCCCACCCUCCACCACCACCACCACCCCAAAACCAAGAAACCCCAUCUUCACCACCACCACCACCCCAAAACCAAGAAACCACCUUUCCACCACCACCCACAACCACCACCACCGCCACCACCACCGCCACCAUAGCUGACGUCAUCGAACACCCAGAAAAACCCACAUCAACUGACCCCACCACCACCACCAAAACCCCAGAACCCAUGCCUUCUUUCAAAGAAGAAAGCAACCAAAUCAAAGAUCUUUCACCCUCACAACAAAAAUCACUUCAAGACUUCAAAACCCUAAUCCAAGAUUCCCUCACCAACACCAAAGAUUUCGCCUUUUUGCAAAAACAAAACGAACCCAUUUCAGAACUCUCAAUUUGGGGCAUACCCAUCUUGCAAGACGACCGAACCGACGUCGUUUUACUCAAGUUCUUACGAGCUCGAGACUUCAAAGUCAAAGAUUCCUUCACAAUGCUUAAAGAUACCCUCCAAUGGCGGGAAACAUUUGAUAUUGAAUCUUUAUUGGAACAAGACUUUGGGGAUGAUCUUGAAAAAGUUGUGUUUAAUCAUGGGUUUGAUAAAGAGGGACACCCAAUUUGUUACAAUGUGUAUGGUGAGUUUCAGAAUAAAGAUUUGUAUGAGAAAACAUUUUCUGAUGAUGAAAAAAGGUUGAGGUUUUUGAGGUGGAGGAUUCAGUUUCUUGAGAGGAGUAUAAGGAAGUUGGAUUUUAGGUCUGGUGGUGUGAAUACUAUUUUUCAGGUUAACGAUUUGAAGAACGCGCCUGGACCGGCGAAGCGCGAGCUUCGGGUUGCUACCCAGCAGGCUCUGCAGCUGCUGCAGGAUAACUACCCUGAGUUUGUGGCCAAACAGGUUUUCAUCAAUGCCCCAUGGUGGUAUCUAGCUUUCUAUACAAUGAUCAGUCCGUUUAUGACUCAAAGGACUAAGAGCAAGUUUGUUUUCGCUAGCACCGCAAGGACUCCCGAAACCCUUUUUAAAUACGUGAGUCCUGAGCAUGUACCGAUUCAGUAUGGUGGGUUGAGUGUGGAUUACUGCGAUUGCAAUCCGGAAUUCACAAUUGAUGAUCCGGCCUCAGUGGUUACCGUUAGACCAUCCACCAAGCAGACAGUGGAGAUUAUAGUAAACGAGAAAUGCGUAUUCGUAUGGGAGCUACGUGUAGUUGGUUGGGAGGUAAGCUAUAGUGCCGAAUAUGUACCGAAUAACGAAAGCCAUUACACCAUAAUCAUACAAAAGGCUAAAAAGAUGACUCCGACCGAUGAACCAGUGAUUAGCCAUAGUUUCAAGAUCAGUGAGCUCGGGAAGAUACUUCUAACCGUCGACAACCCGACUUCCAAGAAGAAAACUCUGCUCUAUAGGUUCAAGGUGAACCCGCUUUCGGAAUAGAGAAGUUGCAUCAAGGGUUUACAUAUGAUCUGUGAAUCGAGUGUUUAUUUAUUUAUUUAUAGUUUUGUUGUAAGUUGUUGUGGCCUGAAGGUAGUUUUUAUGUUGUUUUUGGUUUGGUAUGAAAUUGUUUUUUAUGGUGUUAUGUACUUAAAUUUAUUUAAAAGGCUUGUAAGGUUUGAGGAAUUAUGAUUUUGAGGGUAGCAUACUCUUGGGCUGAA